UUUUUGCUCUCCACUUCCAUAAAUGCCACUGAGCCAGCUCGACUGGCAAUUAGUUGCGUUCGAAGUUCAGGCGAGGAGAAAUGUGCAAAUUCAAGAAAGAAAUUGUCUCAAUCGGCUUGCUCUUGCUGAUUGGGGUCCAUAGCACGCUGGCGCAGUGGGCGAAUAUUUGCUCCGAUGCGGAGGAUGGAACGCGUCUGGCUCUGCCCUUGGAUUGUGCUCGAUUUGCGGUGUGCGAGGAUCGUGAGGUCGCCCAGAUUCGCCGCUGUCCACGUGGCCUGCACUUCAACUCGGAACUGGGUGAAUGCGAUUUCCAGUGGAGAGCCGACUGUACGGGCCUCUUGCUGUUCGGCAAGGCGGUCGCCGACGAGGAUUGUGUGUGCACCUGUUGCGCCGAGCAGUGUCCCGAUGAGAAGCCGGAGGAGACUACGCCCUGUCUGCCGGUGGAGAGUACCACGAAGCCCAGCGGCCCCACCAGCAGCCCGGAUAUAGUUGUGACAGAGACAACGCCCGUUGAGACGACCUCUGAGGGGGAGACUACCUAUAAUACGGAGCCCUCUCCUGGUCCUGGUCCAACCGAUAGUCCGGUGGGACCACCAGGCGGUGGUGGUGGUGACGUACCCGGCUUCUGCCCCGACAAGCGUCCGGAUUGCGUUGAUAAGCCGGACGGAGCUUUGCUGCAGAUACCUGGCGUCUGCACGAAGUUCGUUCAAUGCAAUCACGGCUGCUGCACGGACCAGAUCUGUCCCAGCGGCCUCUACUUCGAUCCCAUUAAGGGCAUCUGCAAUUAUCCGUGGGACGUGGACUGCACGCCGGCGAGCACGGAUGACAAUGAUGGCGAGGUGGUGGGUCCAUCGGGCACCACUUGCAGUGAUCAGGGCAUUUGCGCCGGCCAACGGGAUGGUAAGAUGUUUGCUGAUCCGGAUACCAAUGGCUACUUCGUUUGCCAGUGCCAGUGCCCCAUUGCCAUGCCCUGCGAUGCGAAUACCAAAUUCAAUGAGGCGGCUCAGGUCUGCGACUGGGAUAAUGUACCAAAUACAGAUGGCGGUAGUGGCGGCAGCGGUAGUGGUGGUAAUGGGGGCGGAAGCGGCAGCAGCGUCGUCAUUUGUCCCGAUGGUCUGAUCUACAAUGCUACCUCCGAUCAGUGCGACUACGCUCCGGGCUAUGUGCCAGAGGUCGUCUGCCCGAACACCGAGACUAUUUGCCAGAACCAGCCGGAGGGCGAACUCUUCCCCAUUAACGGUGUUUGCAACAAGUUCUACAAAUGUAAUUUCAACUGUGCCAUAGAGCAGAUCUGUCCCAAUAAUUUGCUCUAUGACGCCAAGACCAAGAUCUGUGACUAUCCCCAAAAUGUUAAAUGUGAUUGGCCGUAUUCGCCACCAACUGGCCCGGAAGCCGGUCCCUCGGGCAUAUCCUGUGAAAGCAGCGGCCGUUGCCUGGGACAGCGCGAAGGCACCUAUUUCCCAUCCCUGACCAGCUGCAGCGGCUAUGUUGUCUGCCAGUGCGAAUGCGAAGUGCCCAUGGAGUGCUCGCCAGGCCUCUACUGGGAUACCAAAUUGUCCACGUGCAAUUAUCCCGACAAAGCUGGCUGCUCGCUUUAAUGAAACGAAAAAUACUAAUAAUAAAC